GUCAUAAAUAUAUAAGGGUCUGAGGGCGGGUCUCAGGCAGUGCGCCACUAUCCUUCGGACUGCAGAGUCAAGCAGGAGGUCAGAGCGUCCGCGAUGCGUGUAGCUGUUACGAUUCUAGCCCUGGCGGCCGGGUGCGCCGCCCUCCCGUUCUACAAGGGCGCCCCCAGGCUGCCUCAGCUCGCGCGUGGACACAGCUUCUCCUUCCAGUCCAGUUCGGCGGCCUCAAGUUCCGCCUCGUCCUCGAGCCAUGACUCCUCCUCGAGCAGUUUCUCGUCCUCGGGAGUCAACUUCAACAACGAGGCGUUCAGUUCCGCCUCGUCUGCAGCCAGUAGUUCUGCCUCGUCUUCCAUUUCUGGGUCCUUCGGCGGCGCCCCUCGCGGCUUCCCGGGAACGUUCGGCCUUAAACCUUCCUUCGCUAGUGCUUUUGCUUCUGCCAGUGCCUUUGGAGCUUUCCCCACCUCCGGCACCCUUGGGUCUGCUUCAGGUACUCAUGGUUCCUCUGUUGGGCUGCAGUCUGGCACUCAGGGGACUAUCAGUGGUGCCAACUUAGGCUCCGUAGGAGGGCUUCUGCUGAGCUACGGGUUUCCGCGUCAGACUGGUGCUCAAAAGCCUUUGUCUGUUGAAGGAACCGCUGUUGGAACUUCAGGGUCCUCGGCUGUCAGUUCGACUGGUCAUGGGUCCUCGACUGGUUCUCAGGGAUUCAUAACUGGCACUCAAGGGCCAUCAGCCAGAUUCCCGUCUGGCACUCAAGGGCCAUCAAAUGGAUUCCCGUCUGGCACUCAAGGGCCAUCAGCUGGCUUCCCGUCUGGCACUCAAGGACCAUCGAAUAGCUUCCCGUCUGGCACUCAAGGGCCAUCAAAUGGAUUCCCGUCUGGCACUCAAGGACCAUCAGCUGGCUUCCCGUCUGGCACUCAAGGACCAUCAGCCAGAUUCCCGUCUGGCACUCAAGGGCCAUCAGCUGGCUUCCCGUCUGGCACUCAAGGACCAUCAACUGGCUUCCCGUCUGGCACUCAAGGGCCAUCAGCUGGCUUCCCGUCUGGCACUCAAGGGCCAUCAAAUGGAUUCCCGUCUGGCACUCAAGGGCCAUCAAAUGGAUUCCCGUCUGGCACUCAAGGACCAUCAGCUGGCUUCCCGUCUGGCACUCAAGGGCCAUCAAAUGGAUUCCCGUCUGGCACUCAAGGACCAUCAACUGGCUUCCCGUCUGGCACUCAAGGACCAUCAACUGGCUUCCCGUCUGGCACUCAAGGGCCAUCAAAUGGAUUCCCGUCUGGCACUCAAGGACCAUCGAAUAGCUUCCCGUCUGGCACUCAAGGACCAUCAGCCAGAUUCCCGUCUGGCACUCAAGGGCCAUCAAAUGGAUUCCCGUCUGGCACUCAAGGACCAUCAGCUGGCUUCCCGUCUGGCACUCAAGGGCCAUCAAAUGGAUUCCCGUCUGGCACUCAAGGACCAUCAGCCAGAUUCCCGUCUGGCACUCAAGGACCAUCAGCUGGCUUCCCGUCUGGCACUCAAGGGCCAUCAAAUGGAUUCCCGUCUGGCACUCAAGGACCAUCAGCCAGAUUCCCGUCUGGCACUCAAGGGCCAUCAAAUGGAUUCCCGUCUGGCACUCAAGGACCAUCAGCUGGCUUCCCGUCUGGCACCCAAGUGUCAUCGACCGGUUUCCCGUCUGGCACUCAAGGACCAUCAAACGGAUUCCAGGCUGGCGCUCAAGGAUCUUCAAGCAGCAUUUACUCUGGAAGUCAAGGUUUCUCAAGUGGAUUCCAGUCAGGCACUCAGGUAUCCUCAGCUGGCUUCCACUCUGGCACUCAGGGAUCCUCAACUAGCACUCAAGGAGCCUCAGUUGGUGUCCCGUCUGGCACUGAAGGACUCUCAACUGGCAUUCAGGGAUCUUCAUCUGGGUCCCACUCCAGUUCCCAGGGAUCCUCAGCUGGCACUCAAGAAUCCUCAGCUGGCACUCAAGAAUCCUCAACUGGCAUUCAGGGAUCCUCAGCUGGCACUCAAAGAUCCUCAAGUGGAUUCCACUCUGGCUCUCAGGCAUCCUCCUCUGGGUUCCAGUCCGGCACGAACACUCAGGGGUCCUCAACUGGCUUCCAUUCAGGCUCCCAAGGCUCCUCAGCCGGAUUCCAGUCAGGCACUCACGGAUCCUCAAAUGCUGUUCAUUCUGGCACUCAGGGAUCCUCAACUGGCAUUCAAUCUGGCACGCAAGGAUUCUCGCGUGGCACUCACUCAAGCACUCAAGGAACAUCAUCUGGCGUCCAAUCCAGUUCCUCAACUGACACUCAGGGAUCCUCAACCGGAUUCCAGUCAGGCUCUCAAGGAUCCUCAGCUGGCACUCACUCUGGCACUCAGGAAUCCUUAACUGGCACUCAAGGAUCCUCAGCUGGCACUCACUCUGGCACUCAAGGAUCCUCAACUGGUACUCACUCUGGCACUCAGGGAUCCUUAACUGGCACUCAAGGAUCCUCAACUGGCACUCACUCUGGCACUCAAGGAUCCUCAACUGCUACUCAAGGAUCCUCAGCUGGCACUCACUCUGGUACUCAAGGAUCCUCAGCUGGUACUCUCUCUGGCACUCAGGGAUCCUUAACUGGCACUCAGGGAUCCUCAACUGGCACUCACUCUGGCACUCAGACAUCCUCCUCUAGCUUCCAGUCCGGCACCCAAGAAUCCUCCUCCAGCUUCCAGUCCGGCUUCCAGGAAUCCUCCUCUGGUUUCCAGUUUGGCACGGAAGGAUCCUCAGGAGGCGUUAUCCCGGCGCCGCGCCAGACCAACGGGAACCAUCAGCAGCCGAGGAGCAUCGCGUCAGGACAGAAUACUCUGGUUUCGCGAAGGAAAGUCGGGCCCAAAACGGCUCUCCGGGAAACACGUUUCGGCGGCGCAGCGGAGGCGUCGCCGCCGCGGGCGCCCUUGGCCCUUCGGGCGGAACCUCACCUCCCCGUCACCUUGCUCGGCGGCGGCGGCGGCGGCGGCGGCGGCGGCGGGCAGCUCGCAUUCCCGCUGGGUCAAAUAGCAGAGGUCCUUGUGGGGGUGUGCUCUGCCCUCCCCGCAAAACUACCGGGGCACGUUGCAACUGGGUACGUCCCACCAGGACAUGCCGCACCCGGGCAUGGCGCGCCAGGGCAUGGCGCGCCAGGGCAUGGCGCGCCAGGGCACGGCAUCCCACCCGGGCAUAACUUCUCCUUCCAGUCGAGCUCAUCCUCGUCCAGCUCUGGUUCGUCUUCGAGCCAGAACUCCUCUUCGGCCAGCUUUUCAUCUUCGUCUUCCGGGCUUAACUUCGACAGCUCUUCGUCCAACUCGGCGUCUUCUGCAUCAGAUAGCUCCUCCUCGUCCUCAUUCUCGGGAUCUGGAUUUGGCAACUUCCACGGUGCAGGAGGAUUCUUUGGCGCUGGAGGACUGCCCAAGGGUGAGGGAGUCUCCAGCCAAGGAGGCUUCCACGCCCUCAACAACUUCCUCAGUUCGAACGGAUUCAACGGCUUUUCUGGGUUAUUUGGCGGCAACAGAGGCACUGGCGGCCACGGCUCCUCUGCCGGAUCGCACGCUUCAUCCGCUGGGGCAGCAGCACAUGCAGGUGGAUCAGCUGUCGGCUCUCAGGCAGGCGGCCAUGCAGGCAGCACGAGUGGUGUCCACACAGGAGUAGUUGGGUCGUCUGCUGGCACACAAGGAUCAAAUGUUGGCACUCAAGGAUCUACUAACUUCCAGUCUGGAACACAAGGUUCAAAUUCUGGAUCCCAAGAAUCCUCUUCUGGAUUCCAGUUCGGCAGUCAAGGGUCAGCUGCCGCAUCCCAAGGAGCUUCAGGAAACGCACACACUGGAACACAAGGAUCAGCUGUUGGAGUCCACGGGUCUGCCACUGCUGGUCAGGCUCAAGGAGUAGCUACUGGAGCCGAAGGAUUUUCUGGUGAAUCCCAGGUUGGCUCUUCAGUCCAUUCCCAGUCAGGAGAGGCAAGCGCUCAGGGAUCUUCUUCUAAUACUCAAUCUGCCUCUACUGCCGGAGGAUUUGGAUUAUCUGCAGGAGUACAAGGCUCUGAUGGAACUCAAGGAUUGCAUAUUGGCAGCCAAAGCUCUGCUGGUGAAACCCAAACUGGAACCCAGGGGCUUUCCGGUGAAUCCCAGUUUGGAACCCAAGGCUAUUCAGCUGGAUCUUCCGUCGAUUUCCAGGCUGGCGCCGAAGGAGCAAGUGCUGUAACUCAGGGGUCUUCGCUCGGUCUUCAGGGAACACAAGGAUCAGCUUUUGGCGUCCAGGGAUCUGCUGCUGGGACUCAAGGAUUCGCCGGAACCCAACAUUCUGCCACUGGUUUCCAGACAAAUACUCAAGGAUCAAGUCUCGGAGCCCAAGGAUUUUCUGGUGAAACCCAGGUCGGAUCCCAAGGAUUUUCUGGUGAAACCCAGGUCGGAUCCCAAGGAUUUUCUGGUGAAGCCCAGGUCGGAUCCCAAGGAUUUUCUGGUGAAACCCAGGUCGGAUCCCAAGGAUUUUCUGGUGAAACCCAGGUCGGAUCCCAAGGAUUUUCUGGUGAAACCCAGGUCGGAUCCCAAGGAUUUUCUGGUGAAACCCAGGUCGGAUCCCAAGGAUUUUCCGGUGAAGCCCAGGUCGGAUCCCAAGGAUAUACAGGUGAAACCCAGGUCGGAACCCAAGGAUAUUCUGGUGAAGCCCAGGUUGGAACCCAAGGAUUUUCCGGUGAAGCCCAGGUCGGAUCCCAAGGAUUUUCAGGUGAAACCCAGGUAGGAACCCAAGGAUUUUCUGGUGAAGCCCAGGUUGGAUCCCAAGGAUUUUCCGGUGAAACCCAAGUCGGGACCCAGGGAUUUUCUGGUGAAACCCAGGUCGGAACCCAAGGAUUUUCUGGUGAAACCCAGGUCGGAACCCAAGGAUUUUCUGGUGAAACCCAGGUCGGAACCCAAGGAUUUUCUGGUGAAACCCAGGUCGGAACCCAAGGAUUUUCUGGCGAAUCCCAAGAUGGAAGUCACGGAUAUUCAGCUGGAUCUUCGAUUAAUUUCCAGUCUGGCACCGAGGAGACAAGUGGUGCAACUGAGGGAUCCUCAUUCAACACUCACAUUGGCGUUGAGGGGACAACAACUGGGGCUCAUGGGUCAUCCGCCGGAGCACAGGCGUCUGCCACUGGUUUCCAGUCAAACGCAGAAGGGUCAGAUGUUGGAGCCCAAGGAUUUUCUGGAGUGUCCCAAUUUGGAACCCAAGGAUCUUCGGGAGUAGCCCAGGUUGGAGCCCAAGGAUUUUCUGGAGUGUCCCAAUUUGGAACCCAAGGAUCUUCGGGAGUAGCCCAGGUUGGAGCCCAAGGAUUUUCUGAUGAAUCCCUGGUUGGAAGCCAAGGCUAUUCAUCUGGAUCUUCAUUUGAUUUCCAGUCUGGCACUGGAGGGGCAACUGCUGCUGCAACUCCAGGAUCUUCACUUAAUACCCAAUCUGGCACGCAAGGAUCAGCCACUGGAAUCCAGGGCUCUUCAGUCGGAAUUCAGGGAUCUUUUGGAUUCCAGGCCGGCAGUCAGGGAGCAGAUUUAGCAACUCAUGAAGCUUCUGUCGACUCGUCCUCAGAAACCCAGGGUUCAUCGGGCGAAUAUCAGGAAUCAGUCGAUGGCGCCCAGGACCUCUUCAGUGGUUUGCAAAUCGGCUCUCAGGGAUCAGACGGUGACUUCCACGCUUCCUUCGGCGCUGGGAUUCAGACCAGCCACUCCGGCACAACUGGGUUAAGUCAGACCACGUCCGAAGCACAGGACUCCUCUCUCGGGAAGGAAAUCACGUUCCCUGAACAAGUGUCUGGACCCGGCACAUCCUUCGACGAUUUCGAGCAGUCUUCCCUCGGGUCUCAGUUCCCCUCCAAGAUGGCUUUUGAGAGCAUUGAACAGAGAUUCAAGACCACUGACUUCAACAUUUAUGGAGCAAAUAAGAAUAAGACUGGUGGGCGUGACCGCAUGAUUAAGGAGUCACAACGAAAAUAUUCCAACGUCACAACAAAGGCCUUGGAGCUCUUCAAAUCGCUGUGUGAGGAAUGUCAGAGGAAAAGGAAAAGACCAAUGACCAAGGAGGUUGCCUUCAAGCUUGUAGAUAUCUUCCUUCUCGUGGGUGCCCCUGCUGUUCUCCAAAGUGAUAAUGGCUCAGAGUUCACAUCCAGGGUGAUUACUGAGCUAAAAGAAAUGUGGCCAAGUCUCACCAUGGUUCAUGGGAAGCCCCGUCAUCCACAAAGGAUAAAGUGCUCUCCAUACUCUGCUAUCUUUGGUUGUGAAGCCAGAGUUGGCAACAACAACAGGUUCUGCUGCAAGUUCUACUGGUUCAGUGACCACUACAACUGUGAUCCAUGUGACUACGAGAUGUUUGUCGGUCCCCAUGGCAUGGGAGUUGAUAUUUUUCCAGGAGUUUGCUCGUUCCCAGAGACAGGAUUUCUGGCUAUCAGUGUUCCAAUCACCAUUGCUAGACAGGGUACAGCAAAGGUAAUGUGGUUAAGGAGAUCGACCACAUCCUUGUUGGCACUCGCUGGAUACUUCCUCUUGAUCUACAGGGCCUACCGGAGAGCCAAGCUCUGUGGCACCGUCCGUAGAUUGGUCGUGGCUACCCACUGGGUCCACUCCUGCCGAAGGGACAAGGGACAGUAUAUUAUGGAGCUUGCUGGGGAACUGAAAGUCAUAAUCUUUGUAACUGACCUUCAUCCUGCCUACCAGGCCCUUCCAUCAGUAACUAGCCAGGUUAAUGAGUGCUGUGUUCGUGAAAGCUGUGUAAUAUGCCAGAAAACUAUGAGAAAUAGAGAGAGAGAGAGAGAGAGAGAGAGAGAGAGAGAGAGAGAGAGAGAGAGAGAGAGAGAGAGAGAGAGAGAGAGAGAGAGAGAGAGAGAGAGAGAAAGAAGGAGAGAGAGAUGUCAGUGA